AUGGCGCAUCAUAUCCGAAUUUUAUUCGGGAGCGGGUACGUGUCAGUAUUUCUCUUUCUUUCUGCCAUGAUGAACACGGUCUCUACGGUCAGCCAUUAUCCUGUUCCCGAAGAAAUGGAGGAAGGCUCUGUUGUUGCCAAUUUAGCAACUGAUCUGGGAUUAGACGCGAAGACGCUAAAGGAAAGAGAAAUGCGUGUCGACGUAGUGGGCAAUAAAAAAUAUCUUGAUAUCAAUAAAGACACAGGAGAGCUGUUCAUUCUCUCCAGAAUAGACAGAGAAGUUUUGUGCCCCUUGAAAACAACGACGUACUGUUUUCUUAAAUUAGACGCUACCAUUGAAAACCCGAUACGAAUGUUUAAUAUCGAGGUGGAAAUCACGGAUAUUAACGACAACGCUCCUCAUUUUCGAAGAGGAACGAUGCACUUGGACAUCUCUGAAUCAAGCCCCGUUGGAGAGAGAUUCUCAUUGAAUAAUGCUGCAGACCCAGAUGUUGGAACUAAUUCUGUGAAGGAUUACCAUCUGAGCUCAAGUGAACAUUUUAGACUCGAGAUUCAGACCGGGAGAGAUGGGUCAAAGUUUGCUGAUUUGAUUCUGAAGAAAGCUUUAGAUAGAGAGCAGCAGGCUGUUCAUAAUCUAAUUCUCACUGCUGUGGACGGUGGAGUGCCCACGCGCACAGGUACAGCCAGCAUCAUUGUUCGCGUGCUUGAUGUGAACGACAACGCCCCUUCAUUCGACAAAGACAAAUACAUUGUAGAUGUGAUGGAAAACUCCCCGAUUGGCAGUCUAGUUAUAAAAGUAAACGCCACUGAUUUAGAUGAAGGUUCAAAUUCUGAUAUUGUUUAUUCAUAUAGUUUAUAUACAUCAGAGAGAACGCAACAGGUGUUUAACUUGAAUCCAGAGAAUGGUGAAAUCAGAGUGAAAGAGAUGAUCAAUUAUGAAGAUUUUAAACUUUAUGACAUGGAAGUUAUUGCCAGCGAUAAGGGGCCUAACUCCUUAACUGGUCAGUGUAAACUGUCAAUUCAGGUGACAGACAUGAAUGACAAUCAUCCAGAAAUAUCUAUCAAAUCAUUUCAGAGUCCAAUAAAAGAAGACAUAGAAUUAGACACAGUGAUAGCUGUAGUUAGUGUCAGUGAUAAAGACUCAGGUGACAAUGGAGUAGUUGAUCUUCAUAUUCCAGAUAAUAUGCCUUUCAAACUGCGGGAGUCCUCUGAUAACUAUUAUGAAUUAGUAGUGUCAGAGCCUUUAGACCGUGAGAAGGUUCCAGAAUAUGACAUCACUUUCACUGUGACAGACAGAGGUUCUCCUCCUUUAUCUGACAAUGAAACUAUGACGUUAGAACUGCUGGAUGUUAAUGACAAUGUUCCACAGUUCCCUCUGUCAUUUUAUACUAUACGUGUAAAUGAGAAUAACGCACCUGGGGCUUUGCUCAGUUCACUCACUGCGUUUGACCCCGACCUCCAUGAAAACCAGUAUCUAGUUUAUUUCAUCCUAGAGAAGGAGAUAGCCAACACCUCCAUGUCCAUGCUGUUCUCCAUCAAUCCAGAGAACGGUAAUCUUUACGCACUAAAAACUUUUGACUAUGAGAUCGAGAAGGAGUUUCUUUUCCACAUCGAGGCCAGAGACUCUGGCUCUCCUCCUCUCAGCAGUAACGUGACGGUCCACAUCAUCAUAGUGGACCAGAACGACAACGCUCCGGUUAUUGUCUCUCCGUGGAGAGCGCACGGCUCUGUGGUGGAGGAAAAGAUCCCCAGAUCCACCGAUAAAGGCUCUCUGGUUGCCAAGGUGAUAGCCUUAGACACCGACUCGGUGCACAACUCUCGGAUUACCUACCAGUUUCUACAAGUGACUGACGCCACCUUGUUCAGUCUGGAUCAAUACAACGGAGAGAUCCGGACUAUGAGGAUGUUCAGUUACAGAGACCCUCGCCACCAGAGGAUGAUUGUUGUUGCCAAGGACAACGAUCCCGCUCUCUCUGCUACAGUCACCAUCAAGCUGUCCACGAUGGAGACUGCCGUUAAGGCCUACUCUGACAUGACUGAGGUGCCUCUAGAAUAUGACAUCUUCUCAGACCUAAACCUGUAUUUGGUCAUCGGUCUGGGCUCGGUGUCAUUUCUCCUGCUCAUCACCAUAUUGGUCACCAUCGUGCUCAAGUGUCAGAAACCCAAGCCCAGCAAAGCGGCUCCUCCCUGCAGGAACAGUGUGAUCAGUGAGAGGAACUCCACCAUCGCAGAUUCCACUCUGGUCUCCAACGAUGCCUACUGGUACAGUCUGUUUCUAGCAGAGACCAGGAAAGGAAAGAUGGUGGUGAGACAGCCUGUGCCAAAGGGCUCCAGAUACAUCGUGUCCAGUUUACCAAGAGGAACAGGACUGACAGACACUAGUGACUCAGCAGCAUCCACUCUGCAGGAAUCCAGCAGCAGCAGCAGCAGUUCAACAUAAGGCCCCACCUCCAGCUGUGUACCGCUUUGAAUCGGAUAGGAAAGCUUCAGAGAGGAAAGGAGAAACCCCUGCCCAUAAACGCCCCCACGUCUAUCCUGCUCGGUUCUAUCCUUGCUCCUUACAAUGUGUAGUUUUCAUGCUAUAACACCAAGUGGACUAUGGUGGCUAAUUAAGGACC